AUGCAUACUUCCGAGCUUUUUGGUUAUUGCGAGGCGGAUUCCUUCCUUGAGGAGCCACUUCAGGAAGUUCGACUUUUGACCGACAUUGUUUUGACGUGCUACUGCCCCGAUGAUGCUGAAAAUUGUAAAGUGACUUGGACAUAUUUUUGCAAAGAGGAUUAUGUGGCGGGAUUUGGCGAGAGCUUGAUUAUUUCGAGAGAUCAUUAUGAAGAAAUUUCAUCUGUCUAUGAAAACGUCUUCGGCGAAGAAAUAGAAUUUCUCCCUGUAGUAUGCAAUGUAAAAACUAACGAGACGCACACGGAGAGAGAAGGUUGGCUGAUUAAUCUGGAUAUGGAUUACGAAGGACCGAAAAUAGAAGGGACGGGGGCUUCAGCUGCUGCCACAGGCGUCACUUGGGCGAUUGGACUCAUUUUGAUUAUCUUCUUGGUCCUCUUUUUGGUCAAACAUUGUCUGACAACAGCAAAACUUUGGUGGAAAGACCGACAGGCGCGGAAAUCGGACAAGGGCGACAAAGACAUCGAUAUUUUCAUGGCGGCGACUUACCACGACAGAUUUCUGAUCAAAGAGCUCUCCCGGGAUCUUGAUAGUCUUGGGUACACCGUUGAGUCUUCCACAGAGACGAUCAUGAAGGGGGAUCAUUUGACAAGCGAGUUUGAAGAGAUGAUCAAAUCGGCAAAGGUUUUUAUUUACAUAAUGUCCGCUGGAUUGGUCAAGAGAAUCGAUGAGAAAAUGGGGCAUGACGAUAGCGAGCUAAAUAGCUACUUCGAGUCAUUUCUGAAUAAAGGACUGGAACAAAUUCAAUCAAUUUGCAAGGAGAAUCAAAUCAAGCCAGUCAUCAUUACUGUUUAUGCGCAACAAGAAGGACACAAGCCUCUCCCGACUGAGCAUGAGCUGAAGAUCAAGCAAAAACUCGAGGAAAAACUCAAGGUCGUUGGUAAGGUGCCGAUCGUCAAUUUUUCUGAGGAUUUCAUGGAAGUCCUGAAAGUCGAUGAAGAGCUAGAACUGUCGAAUCCUAAUGGUCCUUACGGAAUCGACCAGGACUACCGCAAAUCGGUGGAUAAACUGAGGGAGGGAUAG